AUGCCGACCUGUGGACACUAUCCCAAGGACCGAACGAACCGCUUCGGGAUUACAUUACAGAGCGACAAGGCUGCGCUCGAGGCUCUGAAACGAUCUUUGUGGUACAAAUCCGAGUAUCGACGGGAGAUGGCUCUCAACACGCCGCAAACAAUUCAAGACGCUUUGCACCGAUCAUCAGACUUCGUCGUAAACGAGGAGGAAAUGAAAAACUUUGACGAGCAGUACGAAGCAACGAAAGCAGAAAUCCGAAGCUCAAUUUUGCUGCCCCCAGCGAAGAAGGGUAACCCAUCGAGCAACGCAUCAACGCAGAGCUCGGAUGAACCUAGAAGCGGAGGCGUCCAUAACUACCAGAUAGGCACCGGACGCGGAAGAGGAGAGCCGCGCAACAACACUUGGGUGAGAAAGUCCGCCAACUACGACGAGAAGGCUUUCUGCGAGUAUCACCAGACCUACGGGCAUUCAACGGCUCAAUGCCGAACUUUAGGAGCAAAGCUCGCAGCAAAGAUGGCAGCGGGAGAGCUCCAAAACGCGGUCAACCUCAAAGACCUCGUUCCUAACGAACAACAAGAGAGAGCCGAGCCGAGCGGCGUGGCGGAACCCGCGAAUCCUCCCCGACGAGGCGAUAACCCCAAGCGCGACAGGAGAGGCGAACCAUCAAAGCCUAUACUACCAAGAUACCGUGUCCUCCAUCAAAGCCUAUCAGCGCCGAGCCGAAGCGAAGGAGAAUUGGACAGAACCAACCGACGUCCCAAACACACAAGGGUGCUCAUCGAUACUGGAAGCUCAGUGAACGUCAUCUUCAGGGAAACACUCAGAAGAAUGGGAAUCGACCUCUCCGAGGUGGAAGCAAUCCCCAAACCUCUAACCGGAUUUUCAGGAGAAACGACGAUGACUAUGGGAACGAUCAGGCUUCCAGUGGUAGCUGGCGGAGUCACUAAGAUCGUCGAAUUCUGUGUCACCGAUCACCCAGCAAUAUACAAUGUGAUCAUGGGAACUCCGUGGAUCAACGGGAUGAGGGCGGUACCCUCUACCUAUCAUCUCUGCCUCAAAUUCCCAACCCCAGCAGGUGUUAAAACGAUCUGGGGGAGUCAGAAGGAGUCACGAAUGUGCUGCCUGGCCGAGCACAAGCUAAGGAACCCCGUCACCGACGCACGAGCAGACAUCGACCGCAAAAAGAUGAAGACAGACCCAGAGCCCGCGAACGAGCUCUCGAAACUCUUAUAG